AUGCGGGGCGGGUGCGCGCUGACGUCGCGGGAUGCCCGCGCAAGGGGUUUACGUGACGCGUGCGCGGUGACGUCACCGGGGCCUGCGUCUGCGUGGGCCGCUCCGCGCGGGGGCUACUGGGAGCGCAAGGAUGGUGGCCGGCGCCUUCCCGAUUGCCAAGCUUCUCUACCUGGGCGUCCGGCAGCUCUCCAAGCCUUUGGCCGCGCGCAUCAAGGACGGGGCCCGCGCCAGCCCCUUCUUCCGCCAGUACAUCUGCGGGCCCCCCGCGCAAAUCUAUCACUGGGUCGAGAUGCGAGCAAAGAUGCGGAUCAUGGGGUUCCGGGGCGCUGCCAUCAAGCCGCUGAAUGAGGAGGUUGCAGCCGAACUGGGCGCGGAACUGCUGGGCGAGGCCAUUAUCUUUGGGGUGGGGGGGCUCUGCAUCUUCCUGGAAUAUUCCCGCCAGGCGACCAACAGCAAGAAGAAGGAGGAGGAACUCAGCAACACCCUCCUAAGCCUGCAGGAACAGGUGGCAGAGCUGAACUUGACUGUGGAAACCCUGGAUGCACAGCUGCGUGAAAUGAACCGGCUCCUAGUGGCAGUCCCUGCCACCCCCAAGAAAUAGGUGGGCUCUAGGGGAGAUGCCACUUCCAGAAACUGCGCUCAACUGCCAGCUUUGUGCAUGUGCCUCCUGCUGAAGGUGGACGAUCAAUGGAGCUACUGGGACCCUAUCACAUGCAGCAGGCUGAAGGCUGCAAAGAUCUUUGGCCCAGCCCAGCCCACUGUUCCUAGAAUGUAUAUAUUGAAUCUAUUAAAAAACAACAACAGAGAA